GUCUAGCCUCUUCCACCUCCACAGCUGCAAUCCGUUCCAAGGCUGAAGCGCUAAGCAAGCCACACGGCCACCACGAGGCUCGCUAUCAUAUGAGCAUACACGAGAAUGGGAUGGUCAAGCGACAAUCUGUGGCAUCAAUCGCUCGCGUCUUGCAAGCCUUUGGCACCUGUACACGCAGCCAGCACCUUACUCUAUCGUUAGCGACAAAGACCUAUGGAGCAUUGUCGGCAGCUCCAUGUCGGUACCUACUUACCAUGUUCAUGCACAACGCUUUCCCCGCAUCGUGGCGCCUACUUCUGAUCGCCCUCGCCUACCCUGUUUUUACUAUCAUGACCCUACACCGUCUUUGCGCUCUAGACUACACCAUCCCUCACAUACAGCUGAGGAAUAACUAUCGAAUAUGCGCCAAAUAAGCGAGCAGGCCUCGUACACGCGUGGUACCGUGCUUACUCCGGUCAAAGCGGAUACUCUCGAUCGAAACGAGCGCGCUUGCUACAUCUGCUUCCAGCCUUUCGGCUCCACAGCAUCGCUACAAGCUGGGCCCGAAGGGCCAGUUCAGCUACCAUGUGGGCAUGUCUUUGGGGAGGUGUGCAUAUCCAUCUGGAUCCGCUCCAGCAACUCGUGCCCGUUUUGUCGGAAGAAAGUUUUGGACAUCGACGGUUGGCCUGCUAGCAGACACGUCCCAGAGUCUAGUAGCUCCAACACUUUCAGUUCUGAAUAUACGACGCAAGACGAUGUCUGGCUUGAUGAAGAGGUCUGGAACAAUUCUUCUGAUAGCCUUGAGGAUGCGGUGAGCUAUGCUGAUAUUGAGGCAUUGAUAGAACACUACACUCGAGACCUGUCGAACGUCAACUUUGACUCUCAGCCUCAAAGGCGUCAAGAAGCACUAGUUUAUGGCGAGCAUCAUGGUUUAUGUCAUUGUAUUGGCGGACGCGGGAUAAGAAAUGCGGCGCUGCCACUCAGGCGCCUUACAUCGCCAGCGACCGUCGAAGCAAGACCUAUGGAUAUUGACAACUUCGAUCUCGCACAAAUGGGUUCUCAAUUUGCCGAGGUGAACUAUUGAUUAAUAUUGGCAUAGAAGGAUAUCUCAAUGAACCGAAAUUUGGUGGUAUCUCUUUGUUUAACGGUGCUGUUGAGGGUGUCCAGGUGGUGUUUACGAGGCUUCGCACAGCAGUGCGCAUAAUCAGGCACUAAACAACAAAACCCCGUAAGUCUAUAGUAGAUAUACGACUGCGACCCAUUAGAACAACAGUUUCUAAGUAACAGCGACUGAAUUGCGAGGUUAUAUUCGUGAGUUGAGUACGGUUCUAUUGACGGACCCA